CUUGGAGGAGGCCAGGGAGAUUUGGCACAACAUGAAGGACCUGGAUGGAGAUGUGGAAAAGAAAUACAAGAUGACUUGUGAUGGAUAUUUGAAACUCUGGCAGCUCAGCAAACCCCAGCUCUCAGGAUACGACGCCAUUUUUGUGGAUGAAGCUCAGGAUUGCACACCAGCCAUCGUGGAUAUCGUACAAUCCCAAAAAUGUGGGAAAAUCCUGGUGGGAGACCCUCACCAACAGAUCUACACAUUCCGAGGGGCCGUCAACACCCUCUACUUGCUGCCCCACAGCCACGUGUUCUACCUGACCCAGAGUUUCCGCUUUGGGCCCGAAAUCGCCUACGUGGGAUCCACGAUCCUGGAUUUGUGCAAAGGGAUCCGCGGGAAAACCCUGCUGGGAGGGACCCAAAAGGGUGAGAUGAGAUUGGGAAUGAGGGAAAAUUCCCGGAUAAUUGUGGGAUAGAAGU